UAUUUUCUCAGGGGGCGUAUCAGGACAGACAUAUGCUUUCGCCCGGUGGCCGCUCUCAGGUUUCUCUCUGCCAAAACUCUCGAAGGUCAAUGCGACCAGUGCUGGGACUGGAACAUCUAUUGUAUGCACAGAGCCAUCUAUUGAAGAAGAAGAUUUUCAGUCUAUUUCAGAAAUUUGAAAUGGCAAAGCGUAUGCAACCAGCUUGGCAUCUGCCAGAUAGGAAAGACAACACAGUGCUUCAAUUGUACAAUAGUUUAACCAGAAAGAAAGAAGUAUUUGUCCCACAGUUUGGGAAUCGUAUACUAUGGUACAGUUGUGGACCUACCGUUUAUGAUGCAUCACAUAUGGGCCAUGCAAGGUCAUAUAUAUCAUUUGACAUUUUGCGUCGUGUACUUUCAGACUAUUUUGGAUAUGACGUUUUAUAUGUGAUGAAUAUUACUGAUAUAGAUGAUAAGAUUAUUAAAAGAGCUAGACAGAAUUAUUUAUAUGAAAAAUAUGUAGAGGAAAACCAUAAUCUUAAUACUAUAUUAGAUGAUGCUAAACAAGUAAUGUCUAACUUUGAAAAUACUGUACACACUAUAACUGAUUUGGAUAAGAAGUGCAUGUUAGAGAAUAUGCUAAGCAAACUAACCAAAGUUAUUGAAAAUUUGGAGAAAGCUGUUAGAGAAAAAGAUGAACAUGAAAUUGCAGUACUUCAGGAACUAUUAUUGAAAGAAGUCAAAGAUCUGUUGUCUGACUGGUUGGAUCAAUUGAAGGGCAGUACUAUCACAGAACAUUCUAUAUUCAAUAAAUUAUCUAAACAUUGGGAAUCAGAAUUUCACAAAGAUAUGGAUGCCUUAAAUGUAUUAAAACCAAGUGUCCUGACAAGAGUUAGUGAAUAUGUUCCUGAGAUAAUAGCAUUUGUCCAACAAAUAAUAGAUAAUGGAUUAGCUUAUGGAAGUAACGGAUCAGUAUAUUUUGAUGUAAGCAAGUUUGACAAACAAGAGAAACAUUUUUAUGCCAAACUUGUACCUGAAGCAUACGGUGAUACAUCAAGUUUACAAGAAGGCGAAGGUGACUUGAGUGUUACGGAAGAUAAACUCUCCGAAAAGAGAUCUUUGACAGACUUUGCGCUUUGGAAGAGCUCGAAAGCAGGUGAGCCUUGGUGGGACAGUCCUUGGGGUAAAGGACGUCCAGGAUGGCACAUUGAGUGCUCGGUUAUGGCAUCAGUGAUUUGCGGAGAAAAUCUUGAUAUCCAUACAGGAGGCGUAGAUCUUAAAUUUCCACAUCACGAUAACGAGCUCGCUCAAGCGGAAGCGUAUUUUGAUAAUUCGCAUUGGGUGAAAUAUUUCCUGCACUCGGGUCACCUGACGAUAGCCGGCUGCAAGAUGUCCAAGUCGCUGAAGAAUUUUGUGACGAUACAAGAUGCUUUAAAAAAACAUUCGGCAAGGCAGUUGAGACUUGCGUUUCUUUUGCAUUCGUGGAAAGACACGUUAGAUUACAGUGAUAAUACUAUGAAUAUGGCCGUGCAGUAUGAAAAGUUCCUUAACGAAUUCUUUUUAAAUAUCAAAUGUAGAAUUAGGAGCUUAGGGAAGAAAACUACUAUUGAUACUUUUGCUAAAUGGACCGAUUCCGAAAUGGAACUCAAUAGAAAGUUUCAAGUUGCUAAACAUUCUGUGCACAAAGCAUUAUGUGAUAAUAUUGAUACGAGAUCUGUUCUUGAUACAAUACGAGAACUUGUGGUGGAUAGUAACGUGUACAUGAGCCAAAAUAAAAAUCCAAAUACUCUUCUUCUCAGGGAUAUUGCUGUAUAUAUUACAAAGAUGUUUGUCAUAUUUGGAGCCAUAUCUUCAACACACGAUUCCAUCGGGUUUCCAAUUGAUGACGAGGCAGUUGGUACAAAUGUGGAAGAGACCGUUAUGCCGUAUCUUGAAAUUCUCGCGAAUUUCCGAAAGAAGGUGCGAAACUGCGCGAAAACUUUAAAAGCGAACGAUAUUCUACAAGAAUGCGAUAUACUGCGCGACGAUAUUUUGCCAAAUGUUGGGGUGCGGCUGGAGGAUAGCAACGAGGAAACUUGCAAAGUAAAAUUAGUGAAUAAAGAAGAGUUACUAAAAGAGAAAGAAAUUAAGAAGAAUUUGGAACAAGAAAAAGCUUUAGAAAAAGAGAGAAGGAAGGCAGAGGCUGCUGCUGCAGCGGCGGCAAAGGAAGCGCAGAAAAGAAUAUCACCGAAUGAUAUGUUCCGAUUAGAGAAGGACAAAUAUUCUCAAUUUGACGAUAAGGGAUUACCAACGCACAAUGCCGAGGGUAAAGAGAUAAGCAAAGGUUUAUUCAAAAAACUGCAAAAAUUGCAACAAGCACAGGAAAAAAGAUACAAUGAAUAUUUAACUUUCAUACAAAACGGUCUAUAACAUUUCACACAUGAAGUAAACUCUUAUAUAAAAUUAUUUUAUUUAUAAAUUUAUAAUAUAUACAGAACGACGAUUUUGUCUCGCUACUUCUUCAUCGUGAAGAUAAUCAUGGUUGCUCAGCAUUGAGUAGUAUUUUUUUUAACUUCAGUACCGACAAUUUUAUUUCAGAAUUUUGGAUAUUUGAUAUUUGUUUGAAUUGAUUAGAUUAAUAUCAUAGAAUUACGUUUCCGAAGCCUUGUUCUAAAAGCUUCAAUCACACAAUAUCUUUAAUUUAAAAUUAUUUGUGAUAUAUCUCAUCUGUCAGUAUUUCUCCAUUACAUAAUUAAAUAUGUAUUACACAAUUAAGUAUAUUAGUAAAAUAUUAAAAAAUUUGUAAUUUCAUUCAUUCUAGCCAUGUAUGUUAUUUU